AUGGCUUCUCAACUGACUAUCGCUACCAUCUGUCUGUUACUGGGUGACCAAAUAACAAAAAUUCAGGCGCCGAUACCUCACAUCGCAGGUCGAAAGGUUGCGAGUGACCUGGCAAAACUUAUCCAUGAUAACCAGGAUAGGAAUCAAAACAAAAAGCGUUUCUUUCCUCUCCUCGCUCUUCCAGCCGGGAUAUCCGCCGCCGGGAUAUCCGCCGCCGCGGGGGUUGUAUCUGCUGGGGCAAGCCUUGCGGGAACGACAAUUCAAGCUCUCACGUCAUUGCCAUACAAGGUUACAAUGGGCAUGGAAGUUGAAAACUGGACCAAGUUUGGAAUGGUCAACCCGCAUGUUACAGUAAAGAGUGGAGCCAUUACUACUCCUCCUGUUCCAGUUCUGCCGGGUCAAAAAGAGGCGAUGGUGGCACGAAAGACUUCAGAUACGGCUACUGGUACCUAUGGUGUGGUGUCCUGGGAAAUCGCGGGUAAAUCUCGCAGAGUAGUCGUUAUGUGGUCAGUACCAUAUGACUACAAUUUGCACAGCAACUGGUUAGCUGUCGGAAUAACAAAGCAAGACGUUAUCCAUGAUAGUGGAUGGGCUGACCAAAUGUACUACUAUGGAAGUAACGCGAAGAUAGGGUUUGACAGAAAGGAGUAUUACUACAGCGUACCAACCGUGGCAUGGGAGAACCCUGACUUAGGGUUGAUCGUUUUUGCGACCAUGAGUACUACACAACACGCUGUAGUGAAGGUCACCCUCACUGCAAAGGUUGCGAGUGACCUCGCAAAACCUAUCCAAGAAAAACUUGGAUAA